ACGAAACUCAUUGUCCGUUUGCAAACAUAAAAAGUAAUAAUUAACAAUGGCUUCAGUGGAAACGCUAUACAAGGAACUGACCGCCGAGUGGGCAAAGCGUCCGCCCAACACCAAGAAAUGUGGCCUUCUGCUGGACCAACUAAAAGUCGCCCUAGUCAAAAUGGUCUUUCUACCGACAGACGGCAGCGAGGCCCAGAACUCGAAAAAGCAACUGCUUCUGGCUCGCUGCGUGCUUGAAAUCGCUGUGGAGCACAGUGUGUUGAGUAAGGAUCUACAGGCCUUUGAGCGCUAUAUGUCGCAGCUGAAGUGCUACUACUACGACUAUGCCAAGAUCAUUGGCGAAUCGGACAACAAGUACAAACUGUUGGGGCUCAACUUGCUGUACCUGCUUUCCGGCAAUCGAGUCUCCGAUUUCCACACCGAGCUCGAGCUGCUGUCAGUGGACAUCAUUCAGCACAAUCAGUACAUUCGUCCCAUCUUGGCCCUCGAGCAGUACAUUAUGGAGGGCAGGUACAAUAAGAUUUUCCAGGCCAAGUCUUCAAUGCCUGCUGAAGUCUACAAUUACUUUAUGGACCUGCUAGUGGAGACAGUGCGCGACGAGAUUGGUGCGUGCAUUGAAAAGUCCUACGAGAAAAUCUCCGCCAAGGACGCAGCCAAACGUCUCAAUCUGCGUGUCCCGGAUGAGAUCAAGGUGUUUGGCGAAAAACGCCAGUGGAAGCUGGAGGACAAUGGCAACUAUAGUUUCACGGACCGUAGCAUAAAGCCAAAGGAGGCCCUGCCCUCCGAAGAGCUGGCCGAGCAGGUGCUCAGCUAUGCCCGUGAUCUGGAGAUGAUAGUUUAAACCUUAAGUUUGUAAUAUUUUUUUAAUAUGCAUAAAUAAAGUAUCAUUUAAUCUCCUA